UUAGUUUUAUCCAUGCUUACAGAAGAUACUUGGUUUUUUACGUGUAAAGAGCUUAUCAAUUAUAGUUUGUUGGGUUGGCAUAAUCCUUUUUUUUACGUUAUUUCAUUAAGUCUGAGAAUGUGAUUAGGAGAUAAGUUGGAACUAUUGCUUUUAUUUUUAAUGUUUUAUUUUUAUUUUUAUUACUUUGUGCUGCAAGUUCGAUGGCUAAUAUGUAUGGUUGAGGCAUUGAGCUAGUGCGGUAAAAGGGUUGAAGUUGCCACCAUAAGAGUAGAGGCCAUGGUGGACAAUGUCUGGGACCACUCGAGAAUGUGUCCAAGUUUCACAGAAGCAGUGAAAGCAAGGCUAAAUACCGGCACAAAGGUGCUUACUGCCGGAGGACAAGAAAAAGCAUUCCAGCAGACAUUUGAAAGAAUUACAGGAGAGAAGCUCUUACAUUCAUAUGUUUGCUAUCUAUCAACUUCUCAAGGACCUGUGAUUGGGAUGCUGUACAUCUCUAAUGUACGAAUAGCCUUCUGCAGUGAUUUUUCACACUAUUUGUCCCCAGGACAUCCAACUUCCAUGCAUUACAAGGUGGUGGUGCAGCUUGAUCAGUUAAGAACAGUAAAUCCUUCAGCAAACAUAUGGAACCCUUCAGAAAAGUAUAUACACUUUGUCACAAGAGAUGGUCAUGAAUUCUGGUUCAUGUGGUUCAUAUCCUAUGACAAGGCCCUCGGUAAUCUUAGCCGAGCUAUACAGCUAUCUUAGAAUAAAUGAAGGAAACGACUAAAUAACUCGAGUUAAUUCAGAUAUGUUACGAUCUUACUCGACGUCUUCUUCUUGCACAGAAAGAAGUAACAGGAAAAGGUAACAAACAAUAUUCUAUUCACACCUUCCUCCGCUUACAAUCUCACUAUUUAUACAUGUUGUACUAAUUUCUAACUAACCAACCCUCCUUUCACCCAAUUCCCAACUAAUUCCCAUUAAUUCUCAACUAAUCUUGCUACCUGUCAGAGACUCCUAACAAUACCCCCCCCCCCCUUGAAACCAAGCUUUCAUUUCACACUCCAAAAGAAAAAAUUUAGUAAGGAAUUCAAAGAUGAACUAUUUUUGGAAACUUUAGUUUCAACUCAUGAUAAUUCUCCCAAGUUGCAUCAUCCUUUGAGUGGUUUUGC